CAAAACGACUAAAACAGAACCAAGUAACCGGCGGCAAAAACAACAAAAACACCAAGAACAGCAGCACACAACUACUUUCUGUAUUUUUUUAGUGCAUAGAAAAGAAGCCCGACAUUAAAGUGAAUAAAAAACGAAAUAAGCUCGGUGGUUCGUUCAAAGUGAAGUGAAUGAAUUUGAAAACUCCCCAAUGAAACAGUACUGAAUGCGGCUAUAAGCAGUUAUUUACGGUUAAAUAAUGAACUCGCCAAAUUGAAAAUAAUAUUCGUAAUCAAUACAACAAUAUCAUAAUUGAGAAAGCUUAAACCACAAGUAAUCACAACAAAAUAAACAUUCUAAUAUAAAAUACCACAAACAAUAGCAACAAUAAUAAUAAAAGCAGAAACCACCGAAGAUAAGUUUAAAGUAAAAAUAGCAACGUCGUAAAUCAAACAACUAAUACAACCCAACAUCCGUUUCGAAAACAAAACCAUCUUAAUAUUCACCAAAAACAAAUUAAGAAAUUAACAAAAGCCAAUAUACACUGGAAACGCAGCAACAAUUUUCAAAAGCAAAAGUUUCAACAUUAGUUUCCGAAAAUCCAAUUUUUUAUAAAAACAAAAUUCAACAAUUAAUUGAGGACCAGUUUCAACAACAACAAAUAUUUCAACAAUAAAGUGCCGCGUCCCAAAGUUGCCUCACCGCUGCUCUCUUGCUCUCUCUCAACAAUACGUGUAUUCGUGUUUGUUCGUUGGUGUAUUUAUUUGUUUUUAUAUUACAUUUCACGUGUCCUUUACCGUGUUCCGCGUGUGUAUCCGUGUGUGCGUCCGUGUGAGAGAAAGAGUGAGCGCACAUUGUUUUUUUUGUCUGUGUAUGCUAUGUCACGGAGUAUAGGCAUUAAUGCGCUCCUCGAGGCGGCUGAAUUUUUAGCGCAGAAUGAGAAGCUCCCGCAGGCGGGAGGCGGUCCCAUUGGACUGGGCGUGGCCAUUCCCACCUCCCACCAACACCAUCAUCACCAGCUGCAACAACAUUAUAAAAGCAACUCCCUCAACAACAAUAACAACACCAAUACCAACAACAACAAUAGUAAUCAGCACAAUAGGAACAAUAGCAGUAACGGAAUUAUUGCAUCGCCGCCAUUUACGAACGGAAAUGGUAACGGUAUCGGAAUCCAUAACGUGAACUCCAACGUAAACGUUAACGUCAACGGCAACGGCAACGGCCUGAGUAACGGUAACGGGCACGGGCACAGUAGCACCAACAACAGCCCGCGCAGUCAAUUAACCCACGAUUACGAUUACGUCGGCAGUGGCAGUGGCAGCGCUGCCGCCAACGGACACAGCGAAGGUCGCGCCCCCAUCUCGGAGGAAACUAAUUCCUCAAAAAUCAACAACAGCAACCACAACAACACCCCACAAAAGCAACAGCAACAACAGCAGUUGCUUGCCAAUGGCAGAACAACAACAACAACAACAACAACAUCAGUAGCAGCAACAACAAAAUUGAUGGGAAACUCUACUUCGCCCUCUUCUUCCGCGUCCUCAAAUAAUUCACCCAACACCUAUACCCUCAAACCCCAAACCGCAGCUGACUCUGCCUUCCUGCUGCUGGCAACAGCAGCAACUGCGACUGCAACUGCAACUGCAAGUGCAACAGCAGCAGCAGCAGCAACAGCAGCGGCGGGAGCAGCAGCAACACCUGCAUCCUGCAAGCCUGCCAAGCACAAAUUGGGUCCCAUCGAAGGGAUUCGAAGCAAUGAUCUGUUGCUAACGGAUGUGGAGGAUGUCCUGCUGCAAAACCAUAAAAGAAUCUGCUUAGAUGCGCUUGGCGGCAAAUCGGGCAUACCCCUCACACCGCCGCCCAUGUCCACGCGCAAAGUGACGGACACGAAUCAGCGGAUCCGCUCGUACUCACUCUCCUCCCAUAAAUUCACAGCCCCCAGCCAGGAGCAGCAGUAUCACCAUGCCAGCCAUCAGCAUAUCCAGUCCCAUAUCGUUAGGGGUGCGUCAGGAGGAAAUGGAGCCGGAGCUGGUGCCAAUGGUGGGGCGACGGCAUCCUUGAACACCUACCGUCAACAGCUUAGCAACAUUUUGGUGGCCAACGAAUUAGCCGCUGCCUCAGCGAUACGCGUAGGUGGCGGCUCAGGAGCGGCCUCAGGUGCGGGAGCGAUGGCCUUGAAUGUCUCAUCCUCGGCGCCGACGCAAGGAUCUCAGCUAAUACAGGUACAUACAGCUAGCACAGGACGCAGACGCACCACCAGUUCCAACAGCAACGGAGCGGGCACUCGAGAGGUGCACAACAAGCUUGAGAAGGAGCGGCGCGCUCAGCUAAAAGAGUGCUACGACCAACUCAAAAAGGAGCUGCCCAUAAGGGAAGAGGACAGAAAGAAGACCUCCAACUUGACAAUACUCGAUUCGGCCUACCAAUAUGUCAUACAACUGUCGCUGCGGAAAAGCGAACAGGAAGCGGAGGUGGAGCAGCUGGCGAAGCAAAAGAUUGAGCUGCAGAAGCAAUUGAACAAUUUGAGAAGGGAUACGACGGCCAGCGAUCAGCAGAAACAGCAGAGCAUUCCACAGGCCGAAAAAGCCACAAGCACAUCAUCCGCAUCAGCAACAGCAGCAGCAGCAGCCAGUGGCCGCAAUGGAACCACAAUUCUGUUUGAUGCCACCACCGCCUGUGGCGUCACUGGGCUAACAACUGUGAUAAGCAAAACCAAUGCCCCACCAGCAGCUGCUGCCAGUAAACACAACGCAGGAGGAGCCACCACCACACUUACUCCGGCCAUGGGUAUCAUGACAAUUAAGAAUGGGAACAGCAGCAUACUGGCAAUCUCACCCACUGCGGUGGCAAUCCAACAGCAACAGCAGCAGCAGCCACUUCACCACAGCAACAGCAGCCCGGCGGGCAGUCCCAGCAGCAAUGCAUCCUCUGCAGCAGUUGCACCGGGCGCGGGAGCAACCACAAUUAUUCGUGGCUCGCCCACACCCUCGACGCCAUCGCCGUCACCUAGCUCCUCGUCCAGCGGAGUCUCGUCAUCGGCCUCAUUUAUGGGCUCAUCCUCAUCCUCCUCAUCCUCGUCAUCGUCGUCGUCCAGCUCGUCGUCCAGCUCAUCAUCCAGUUCGUCGUCACCCACGCAACAGAAUACGCCGGCGGCCACAGCCAAUGCACAUUUAGUGGGUGCCCGAAGCGUUGGUCUCAAGUUCCAUGGCGCCAGUGUGGUUGGACCAUCAGCCAGCGGCUUGAAUGGCGCCGCUUCCAUAGUGGCCGCUGCUGUGCCCACUGGUGGAUCAGCGAAUGGUUUCCAUCAGGCGGACAAGGAUAAUCGGAACUACAAUUUCCUCAUGAUCAGUGCUGGAACAACGGCGCAGUGAAUCGACAGAAAAAAAAACAACAACAAAAACUUACAACAUAACAAACUGCAACAAAUGCGCCUCUAUAACAAUAACAAAAACAGCAACAACAAAAACUGAAUUGUGUGCAACGGCUCCCACCUCGAGAAGAACCUAAAACAAGUGUAUAUUCAUUCGCUGUUCUCGAACUCUUUAAAUUUGUUUUUUUCUUAAACGAAAACAAAAACAACAACAAGAAAAAACCAACUAUUUUUCAUACUUGGCACACAUAAAAAACAAAACAAAAACUGUCAACAACAACACAAAUGAGCGCUGUAGUUUUUACAUAAAUUAACAACAACAGCAACAAACAGCAAAACAGUUCCGCCCAACACGUAGCAUCGAUUUUAAAAAUCAACAAAAAACAAA